AUGUCUGCCAACCUAACAGAACGAUUUCCUAGAAAGAAAGUCGCUAUCAUCGGAAGUGGAUGUGCAGGAAUAGGUGCUCUUUGGGCUUUGAAUCGCACCCAUCACGAUGUUUAUAUUUAUGAAGCUGCGGGUCGACUGGGAGGACAUACAAAUACUGUCAAAUAUCAUCACAAUGGCAAAACCACUCCAGUUGAUACAGGUUUUAUAGUCUUGAAUACUGCUACCUAUCCAAACUUCAUAGCUUUCCUCAAUGCUCUCAAUGUUCCUACCGUCCCUACUGAAAUGACCUUUGGAGUCUCUCGAGACAAGGGGUUAUUCGAAUGGUCCGGAACAUCACUCUCGUCAGUGUUCGCACAACGAAAGAACCUCUUCUCAUUACGGAUGUGGAGAAUGAUAUUUGAUAUCAUACGUUUCAACCAGUUUGCUUUAGACUUACUCAAAGAUGACGAGAAUAGUGAGGACUUUGUGAAUGGGAGUGGAAGUUCAAAGAACACGCAUCAUGCGGAAAAGCAAGAAACUAUCGGUCAAUAUUUGGAUAGGGAAGGAUAUUCCGAUGCGUUCAGAGAUGAUUACCUUAUCCCAAUGACGGCAGCGGUAUGGAGUACAAGUCCGGAUAAAUGUUCUCUAGAAUUCCCUGCCGUUACUUUGGUCCGAUUCAUGUGGAAUCAUCAUCUAUUAAGUACAGUUGCUACUCGCCCUGAAUGGCUAACGGUAAAAAACGGCGCCAAAACUUACCUUGAUGCCGUGAUGAAAGGCUUUCCUCCUAAUCAUAUAUUCCUCUCGACCCCCGUCGAGUCAAUACGUAAUGACGACGACAAUCGUGUGCGCCUAUGUCUCGAGAAUGGCAAGGAAGAGGUGUUUGAUCACGUUAUAAUAGCUACUCAUGGAGACGCUGCAUAUAACCUAGUUCGAUCAACUUCCACGGCCGCCGAACGUCGUAUCCUGACUGGAUUUCAGACCUCAAAAAAUACGGCUGUCCUUCACUCCGAUCUCGCUCUCAUGCCUCAAAACAGAGAAGCAUGGUCUGCUUGGAACUACAUCACCGCCUCUUCUAAUACUUCCACCUCGAAAUCUAGAAAUGUUGACCAAGUUUGCUUAACGUAUAACAUGAAUAUUCUCCAGCAUAUUCCAACCUCCAAGUUUGGCCAUGUCCUCGUCACACUUAAUCCCCUAUUUCCACCGAAACCAGAAUUCACGCACAGUACGUACACAUAUCGUCAUCCGCUUUAUAACACUCGUGCUAUUACCUCUCAAUCUCAACUCCCGGAGAUACAAAACACGAGAGGUAUAUCGUAUUGUGGAGCAUGGACUAAAUAUGGAUUUCACGAAGAUGGCUUCAGUAGUGGGAUAAAGGUGGCAAUGGAUCAUCUAGGUGCCCAUCUUCCAUUCCAGUUCAAAGAUAGUACAUUUAGUCGAGGCAAGCGUCCUGUACUUGGACUGAGCGACUUGGUCUUGAGAAUUUGGAUCUUGGCUGUGCAAUGGUUUGUGGUUAAUAUAUUUGAGAGAAUCCUGCGUAUUGAAAGAGGAACUAGAUCUCAAGUGGAGAUUGAGAGGAAGAAGUUUGUUUGA